AAGAAAAAAAAAAAAAAAAAAGCCCAAAAAUUUGUUUGAGGUUGCAGAGCCAAUCCAACAGGAUAUUUUUGGUUCUCUCACUCUCUCCCUCCUCUGUUAUCUCAUCACACAAUCUUCAGUCUCCUUCCUCUUUGUAUGUGCAUAUUUAAUAAUUUCCUUUUGUGGGCAAACUGUUUUUAUUUGAUUUGAUUUGAUUUUUUUCUGGGCAAAAAUUUUCAUGGGUACCAACGAUUUUGCACGUGCCGAUUUUUGUUUCCUUUUUAGCGGUAAAUAAGACGCAGAAUCCUUCUUAGCCUUUCUCUCGUCCCUGUUUUCCGCGAUUGCCGCAUGGGUUAAGCCGGUUUUCUUCGCCUGAAACCGGCCAUUAACAAAGAUCUGAAGGGGCAAUCCAUGCUUGAAACCUGGUGCGAAUUCUCAUAGAAGUUUGGGAUUUUUUUUGGUGUUAUUUGUGGUAUCAUGUCUGGGGCAGCAGGACAUGGCGUGGAGCAUGUAGGCUUGCCCAAAAUGGAGGCUAAAUCCAAACCCGAUUGUUGUAACCCGGUUAAGAAAUCGGGUCCCGUUUCAAUGGAACAUGUGCUUCUAGCAUUGCGUGAGACCAAGGAAGAAAGAGAUAUGAGAAUCCGGAGUUUGUUCAAUUUCUUCGAUUCCGCGAAUUUGGGAUACUUGGAUUAUGCCCAAAUCGACAAAGGUUUGUCUGCUUUGCAGAUUCCUGCGGAGUAUAAGUAUGCUAAGGAUUUGUUGAAAGUCUGUGAUGCGAAUAGAGAUGGGCGUGUGGAUUACCAAGAGUUUCGUCGAUAUAUGGAUGAUAAGGAGCUGGAGCUCUAUAGGAUAUUUCAGGCUAUUGAUGUGGAGCAUAACGGUUGCAUUUUGCCUGAGGAGCUAUGGGACGCCCUGGUUAAGGCUGGUACACCAUGCUUUUCAAUGCUUUACUUUUUGGGAAUUACGUGAUCGUAUUGAUAGUGAAUUUUCUUGGUGGAGCGUAUUUAGACUGUAAUUAUUCAAUGCUUAUUAAUUGCAGAAGGUGUUUGCUUUAUUGCUUUUGCAUGUCAUUGUCCUUUUCCUUGAUUGAAAUGUUGCUAGUUUAAUUAGAGGGAGUUGUUUUUACCUUGUUAGAUUGGAAAACUUAGCAUGCUGUAAUGCCAAGAAAAGAAAGAAAAUAAGAUCUUAAAGAAUCAGGUAUGAAAUAACAUAUAGUGGGGGCAAUAGAUUUUUGCAUCAAAGAACUCAACAUCAGCAUUGAAAAGAUUCAUAAUUGUUAAUUAAUGAUAAUAAAGAAGAUGGUAAAAAAUCUUAAGAAAAACCAACUGGUGAUCUGGUUUAAUAGUUUUGUCCAUUAUGUUUGCGCUUGUUACCCAUUGGGUAUUGGGAGAAACUUUGGUGGUCUGUGCAUUGGGUUUGCAUCAGUACUUGAUCACCAGUUGCUCUUGUGAUUUGACUUCUUAUCAACAUCAAUAUCCAUCUAUAAAUAAUUUGUUAUGAUGGUGUGAUGCUUUAGUAGUACAUUUCACAGCAAUUUGUGAAUGCAGCUUUUCAAGAGAAAUUUGGUGAUUGUGAUUUGACUUCUUAUCAACAUCAAUAUCCAUUUAUAAAUAAUUUGUUAUGAUGGUGUGGUGCUUUAGUAUUACAUUUCACUGCAAUUUGUGAAUGCAGCUUUUCAAGAGAAAUUUGGGGGAUAAUUUCAUCAAUUUCAGUCAGACCGUCCCCAUUUUUUUU